AUGUCUUAUGGAAUAACCACAACCGAAGUAGAAACCUACAUUGCCGUCCAAGCCGACACACCGAGUCAGCUUGGUUCUCCUGCAGGUGUCACCACUAACCCAAUAAUAUUUACGGACGUCACUUCUGCCGCCACAACAAGCCAAAACGUAGAGGCACCCGAACAGCUUCUAUCCAGACUAAACCCAGCAGCUUCAGUCUUCGUCUCUUUAAAUCAUGAGGACACCAAUCAUGCAAAAAUAGUUAAAGAAACUGCUACAGCGUCCGCUAGCAAAAGAAAAAGAGGUCGACCGCCAGACUCUCCAACAAUGUCUCCUCCAAACUCUCCCACCACAGUGUCAUCAGUAACAGAAAUCUUCGAAACGCUCAAAAAGUGGAGAACAGAGGACCAAAAGGACAGAGAAGAAAUGAAAAAGGAAUUGUUAGGGGAGAUCGCAACAUCACGGGAAGAACACACUCGUCUACUCAAGGAACAGACGAAGAAGUUGAGUGAAGAAAAUAAAGAACUUCGCUCUCAAAUAAAGGAACUAAGCGACAGAGUUACGGCCCUAGAGCUGUGCUCACAAGCUGGAGAUACUCAGGAAUCCGUCAACCUAAGCAAUUUGGCUCUCCUUGAGAAACGACUAGUAAAGGCAAGUAUCUCAUCUAUAGACAAACUAAACAGGAAAAAUAAUAUUAUAGUGAGAGGCCUAGGUUUAGUUUCAGGAGACAAUGUUACCGGAUCUCUGAACAAGUUCAUCGAAGAAAACCUCAAAAUUAAGGAUGCCGCUUGCUCAGCAAACUGGGUUCACGGUAACAAACCGUUCAUUAAAGCCACCCUCAAGGACCAAAAAGUAAAAGCGGAAAUAAUGGCGAAGAAGAAAUCUCUAAAAAAACCUGUCAUAUGUUUUUGGAAUGUGAGAGGUCUAUCUAACCUAAAAGACUAUCAAAACUUCCACGGAGACGUACUCUGCAUAUCGGAGACCUGGACAACCUCGAACGUAACAAAUCUAGCUAACUUUAAAGAUUGGUAUACAACCGGUUCUCCAGCCACCGAAAGCAAAACAUUCGGUAGAGCCAGCGGAGGUCUGCUUACAUUAUGCAAAAACAAGAACAGCGCAAUAAUAGAAAUCACUGAUAACUGGAUCUUCAACAAAUACCAAUCAGACCACAUCUCGCUCAUCAUCGGCUCCAUAUACUUAAAGCCAGAUCAAAAAAAUCUGAACUCACUACUUCACCAAUUGCAACUAAGCCUAAAUAUAAUCUUCGCCCAAGCAUCAGACGCGAUAAUUCUCGAAGGUGAUUUCAACGCAAGAAUUGGUGAUCCAUUACCGGAGGACGAAAAAUUGUUCGAAGGUACCACGCUCAACUCCAGGAGGAAUUUUAGUGACCACAUAACAAACCACCAAGGAAAAACUCUUUUAGAUUUCAUGAACAGCAAUGGAUUCAUCCUUUUAAACGGACGCACAGCAAGUGAUGAACUUGGUGGGUUCACCUUCAGAAGCGCAAUGGGCAAGAGCACAAUAGAUCUCAUUUGGAUAAAUACUCUCAGCAUUAAUCUGAUCAAAGAUGUAAGAAUCGAACAUAUAAUAUCAAAUUCAGAUCACCUGCCAAUCACAGUCAGCCUGUUCUCGAACAUCUCCAGUACACCGGACAUAUCCGAAGACACCUUACACACUCACAGAUUAAAAUGGAGCCCAGCACUCGCAGACAUCUAUCGCGAAAACUUACAAAACUCACACUUGAUCUCACUGAAUUUUACGAUGUCCUCAAUGAAUACUCUCCAUGAAAACUUCUGCAAGGCAGUUACGGCGACAGCUUGCAGUUUGGGAAUGAGAAAAAAGAACGCCCAAUCAUCCAACGGAUAUAAAUCCAAACCAUGGUACGACCUUGAAUUAAUACAAGCAAAGAAAGAACUAUCCCGCCUAGCAUUAAUAGAUCAAUUUAACAACAGCAAUAACCCUUCUGAUUUUUGGAAAGUCAUCAAACAAGUCAAAGGUUGCACACCCGCAAUUAAUAAGGUUUCAAUCACAACCUGGAAUCAAUACUUCACUAAAUUAUAUCCUCCUAGAUUAUCACUAGAGAUGCCACUGGUGCAGGAACAACACGAUAUGCUAGACGAGAAAAUAACGAUGGAAGAACUAAUAAAGAGCCUGAAAAAAAGCAAAUGUGGCAAAGCACCAGGCAUGGACAACAUAAGUAAUGACUUUCUAAAAGAGCUGCCGGAAAAUUGGCUCUAUUACAUUCAAGUCUUUUUCAACAAAAUUAUACAAACCGAAAUCAUUCCUGAUGAUUGGGCCCAGGUAGUCAUGUUUAUGCUGCAUAAAAAAGGUGAUAGCUCAGAUCCAGACAACUACAGGAGUAUAGCUUUGAUAAAUUCAAUCGCCAAAGUCUUCACCAACAUUUUACAUGACCGAUUAAGGCAAUGGGCAGAAAAUAACAAGCUAAUACCAGAAGAACAAGCCGGAUUUUGCACGGGGAAAGGUUGCGCAGGCAACGUGUUCUUGCUGCAAACGAUAAUACAAAUGCAACUACGAUUUCCUGACAUAACGGCGUACAUUCUCUUUAUAGACUUCAGAAAAGCUUUUGAUAAAGUACCUCAUAACAUCCUCUGGGCUAAACUAAAAAACCUCGGUAUUAGCAAUAAACUCAUAUGGAUACUCAUCAACUUCUACAGCAAAAGCAGGAUGCACAUCAGGAAAGACCACCACCUGUCUGAUCCCAUUGACAUAACCGAAGGAGUACUGCAAGGCGACAUACUCAGCCCGUUGCUGUUUAUUCUAUUUAUUGCUGAUAUAAUUAAAUUCUUCGAGAAUCGCGACGUCGAAAGACUAAACCUGAACAAUCUCCGUCAGAUACUCAUGUUAUUAUAUGCUGAUGACAUUGCCGCUUUAUCUCACUCUGCCUCAAGUUUAAAAGAAGCACUGAAAGUAUUGGAGGAAUACUGUGACACAAACGGCCUGGAAGUCAACAUCAGCAAAACAAAAAUAAUGGCCUGUCGUACAUCAGGAAGGAUCAAGAAAAAGGAUAAAGGCUUCCAAUUCAAAGGCAAAAGUAUUGAAGUGGUCAAGACAUACACAUAUCUGGGUGUUGCGUUUUCAAGCAACCUGCAAGGGGAUAUAGCAGCCACCGAAGCAUCCAAAAGAGGCAAACAAGCAAUCGGAUCAACCUACUCAAUUCUUUCUAGGCUCAGAGCAGAAACUUGGCUUAGCAAAAAGAAACUCCAUGACAGCAUGAUCAAAACAACGCAGUGCACAUUUGGGGUCUCAGGAAAGAAAUACUAG